AACCCUUUUCCCAGUUUCUCUCUCUUCGUCUCCCUCCUUUUUCCGCCCAAACGCUCUCGCGCCUCUUCAGGAUCCAGCAGCUCUACCUCAAAACCCUAACAAACCUCCAUAGCUUUGGGAGGUGAGAGAAGCAGCAGAGCACCUCCAAUCCUCUACCUUCUCUCACCUCUUUCCUCCCUCCGAUCCAGCUUCUCUCUUGGUCAGUAAUGGCGUCUGAAGUGCAGCAAGCCCCAGCUGGGACUCCUGCUGCUGAUGUUGUUGGUAACGCCUUUGUUCAUCAGUACUACCUUAUCUUGCAUAAAUCCCCCGAGCUUGUUCACCGGUUUUAUCAGGAUAGUAGUAAGCUUGGCCGCCCUGAAGAAAAUGGAAUCAUGAGUAUUACAACCACCAUGCAAGCCAUCAAUGAGAAGAUUCUUUCACUUGAUUAUGGGAAACUCCGUGCAGAUAUCACAUCCGUGGAUGCUCAAGAUUCUUACAACGGUGGUGUGUUUGUUCUUGUGACCGGAUAUCUCAUUGGAAUUGACAAUUCGAGGAGGAAAUUCACUCAGAGUUUCUUCUUGGCGCCGCAAGACCCAGGUUACUUUGUUUUGAACGACGUGUUCAGAUAUGUAGAUGAUGAUGGACAACAAAAUGGGAACCAGGCUUUGGUUGAUGGUGUUGAGGGUCCUCUUACUCCUGAGCAGGAUUCUUCUACCGUGCAUGAGAGUCACAUAUCUGAGCCUGCAAUUGAUGAGUCUGAUAGUGUUGAUGGGGAGGAAGUGUACAACCCUGAAAACGGAGAAGUUUUAGUUGAAGAAGAGGAAACACCAGAACCUGAGGUUGUUGAUGAAGUUCCAGGUGAUUCACCCAUUGCUGAAUCUAAUUCCAAGAUUGAAGAAGUGCCAAAGAAGUCAUAUGCCUUUAUUGUUAAGGUUAUGAAGGAGAGUGCUGCGCCCUUUUCAGCUCCUCCACCUGCUUCUUUGAGGACGACUAACAAGAUCCAAGAACAAAUACCAGCUGCUCCAACUCCAAUCCCAGUUCCUGAGGAACCGGCUUCUGACAACACAAAUGUCAAUGAGAAUGGUAACAAUACAGAGAUUGAAGCGGAUGGUCAUUCAAUUUAUAUAAAAGGUCUGCCUCUAAAUGCAACAGCUACCCUACUUGAGAAUGAAUUCAAGAAAUUUGGACCUAUCAAGAACAAUGGUAUACAAGUUAGGAGCCAAAAGGGAUUUUGUUUUGGCUUUGUGGAGUUCGAAGUGGCAAGUGCUGUUCAAAGUGCUAUAGAGGCAUCACCUAUUACUAUCAAUGGACGGCAAGUUGUUGUUGAGGAAAAGAGGUCUACCAAUCGGGGGAACAGCAGGGGAAGAUUUUCAUCUGCACGGGGGAAUGGAUACAGGAGUGAGGGAGCAAGAGUGCGUGGAUAUGGAGGCGGCAGAGGAUAUGGUCGUGGUGAUUUUAGUGGCCGGGGAGACUUUGGAAAUAGGAGUGGCGGUCGGGGAGGGGGACCAAACCGUGGAGGCGACGGAUACCACAGGCCUGAGAAUGGUGGACGUGUGAAUCGUGCUGGUGGUUUGGCUGUUAAUGCAAGUGUGAAAAGUACGGCAGUUCGGGUGUCUGCUACUGCUUGAGAAGUAUAGCUUGGAAAGAGGUUGAUUUUGUUUUGAGGUUCACUGAUUUGUCAAGUUGUUGCAUAGGAUUUAGAGGGCUGUGUCCAAUUUUCUAUAGGAUUUUCUGCUAACCCUUUCUUUCCCCCUAAUUUUUACAUGAGUGGUUUUGAGUUGGAUGGUCAUUCAAAUUUCAGCUAGUAUUGUAGCAAUCCAAUUAAGACAACAUAAUCUGUCCAUUUUGGACCCUUUUUUGUUUCUCUUGUUUUCUGGUGGAAAUUUUUGGACUUUUGCUCUUUAUUCGCAUGGCAAAAUGACACUUCGACA